AUAAUGCUGGAAUAGUGGUCAUUACUGAAUUUUUGAAAAUAUUAAUGUAAUGCGACAGUUUUCAGUAUCUAGGCAAAGGGUAUAUGAUGCACUACAUUGGUUGGUCGCUAACAAUCCCCUUUAUAAAGACGUCACUAUCGAUCAAAACGUCAUAAUGAAUGAAGAGGAUAUUAUUAGAGUAGAAAAAGCUCCACUAGAGGUUAUGAAUGAAAUCAAUGAUGAACUUAACAAUAACACUAGUGCUUACACAAGAAUAUGUGAUUUUUCGAGAAUUGUGCGUGCUUCAUGGCACCAAGGAAACGAACUCAUAUUCACAUCAGGAUUUGCAGGUGUACAAUGCUGUGCGAUGGCAUUGUCUAACAUCCUAAGAGCCAGUAGUCUUGCACCACAACAGUGGUUUACAGACACCCUCAACCUGAAUAUGAUAACGGGUGAUCAAAUCUACAGCAAUAUAAGAUUUCAAACGGGGCGAAAUUUAAUGGCCUAUCGUAUUGAAGACGAUGGAUACCUACUGGUGCGAAAUUUCCACACAAUAAAAGAUGUUUUAGUUGCAUUCGGCAAACGGUUUCAGAUCACUUUUGCCGAUGAACCAAGCAUAUAUGGAAGCUUGAGCGACAAGAAUAAUGAAACAAACUUCGGACGCACCCUUCGUCAAGAGUUGGAAGAUCUUUUCAUGGAAUAUAGCGCCGGCAUAAUAAUAACAGAUUGACAAUCAUUCGGAGUGAUGUACUAUGAUAACAAAUAUUACUUCACUAACUCACAUUCUUGUGGUCAAAAGGGAUCUAGAGCAAGGGAUAACAAUGGAAAAGCCUGCAUUAUCGAAUGCGACAAUUUAGACGAGUUUGUGAGGGUUUGUAAACGUACAACAGGCAGCAAAAAUGUGCACUAUACUCUUGAUUACGUUGAUGUUGUAUAUGAAACAGAUGAGCCUGAUGACAUAGAAAUACAGCAGAGUAUUGAGAUAGUAACGGCAGCGUCUGAAAUGAUUACUUCUCAACAUGUAGGUAGUUCAUUUAAUUCCACUGCAGACAUCUUUGAUGGCGCCGAUUGAUGUAAUGCAACCCAAUGUGGAAGAUGAACUACAGGUUUCUCGAAACCUUAACGAAAUUACCCGCGAAACGAAAGACAACAUCGUUAAUAUGGGACAUAAACUGAAAGCAGAAGAAUUUGCCUGGUACUUCUUGUUUCCUUACGGAAAAAACGGGUUCAAAGAACGAAAGCCUGUAAAUAUUACAGCGUUAGACUACUUUCAGUUUAGAAUUUUGGGAAGUGACACAAGAUUUCAACGUAACGACUAUCUAUUUUAUGCCUUAUCCUUAUUUGAAUAUUAUAGAAUCAAAAGCACUAUAUCUGCAUGCGGCAAAAAAAUCGUUAAUCGAGAAGGAGCAAUAGAAGAUGUCCAUAUUUAUGUAAAAAAUUUAAGAGGUUCGGAAGCUUAUUGGAAAUCAGCUCUGAAUGAACUAUUAUCUCAAAUCAGAUGUUUAGAACCUCCAACAUACUUUGUAACAUUUAGCUCAAAUGAUCUCAACUGGCUAGACCAACGAAAGGCUUUGUUAAUAGCCGAUGGUAGGGCUGAUGUUGAUCCCAGUACUCUCGAUAUUUAUGAGACCCAAAGACUUAUCGAGAAGUAUCCAGUGAUUUUGAGUCGACAUUUCAUGUUACGAGUAAUUGCUCUAAUGAAAUUUAUAAAAAAUAAUGAUUACGUGUUUGGCGGAAAAGUGAAGGAUCAUUGGUGGCGCAUUGAAUUCCAGAAUCGGGACUGUCCUCACCUUCAUAUGGUGAUUUGGAUCGAAAAUCAUCCCAAGUUUGACUCAGAAGAAGGGAAACUUCAUUGGUGGCGCAUUGAAUUCUAGAAUCGGGGCAGUCCUCACCUUCAUAUGGUGAUUUGGAUCGAAAAUCAUCCCAAGUUUGACUCAGAAGAAGGGAAACUUCUUCUGGAUCGUAAUUGUUGCUGUAGAAUCCCUCCAGAAGAAGAAGACCCAGAGCUUCAUCAAUUAGUUAAAAAAUGUCAAAUUCAUCGGCAUACACAAACUUGUUCAAAAAAUAAUACUUCUAUAAGAUGCCGAUUCAACUUUCCACGCCAAGAAUGUGACGAGACACGAAUUAUGUCACAUUCUUCAGAUGAUUUUCUUCGUAACGGAGGUAGAAUGCGUUUACUUAAGCAUAGAAAGGAAGAUGCUUGGGUAAAUAAUUACCACCCAGAGUUGCUAAGACUGUGGGCAGGCAACAUAGAUAUUCAGAAAUGCGGAUCAAACGAAGCGAUAGCGUACUGUAUAGCAAAGUACCUAUCGAAAGCAGAACCUGCAGGUAUAGAUUCUGGAAUUGCGCAGGCAAUACAGCAAAUUCAGCGCGAAGAAACUGAUAUUUCACGCAAACUGUUCAGCAUAUGUAUGAAGAUUCUUCAUGAACGACAAGUAUCAGCUGCAGAAUGUGCAUAUAGGCUUUGUCAUAUCCCAUUACGGGACAGUUCUCGAAGCUGCAUUUUUCUGAACACAAGAAAGGCAGAACAAUGUUACAGAGUAUUGCAAUUUGACAGAAACGGGCACGCAACUGGUUAUUAUAGUAACAUCUUUGAAAGAUAUCAAAAACGUCCGUUACAAUCUCCCGAUUACGAUUUUGCAAACACGAGCCAUACAGAGUUUGCAAUGUUGUUUGAACCAUUCUAUCCGAAAAAAGUAAGCGAAACUGAUCACGACGCGUAUGAAGAAUUUCGUAACACACGUCGUCCACUCAUUACGCUAUUAGAUAAGAGCAAAAUGGUUGUGAGAAAGGCUCCCGCAGUUGUUAGGGUGUCAUAUUUUAUAGCAACAUCAGAUCCCGACAACUUUUUCUAUAGCUUACUUCUUCAAUAUAUGCCUUAUCGUUUGGAAACUGAAUUACUUGAAGAUUUCGAUAAUGCAAAAGAGGCGUUUUUACAUCGAGAGAAUCGUUUGAAGGAAAUGAAUUUUUGAUGACUCAUGCCCAGCUCUUGACCGAUGCUGCGGCUGCUACUAUGCCGGUCUCUUUCGACCAAUUCAGCGAUUUUAUCGCAAUUUUCGACAAGGGGCCUUCCGGAGCGUGGCGCAUCUUCGACCACCUCUACACCAGAACAAAAAUGUUGAAACCAUCGUUGUGCGGUGGAAAUGGAAACUGUAUCGGGUCCAUAAACUGCACAAAUUUUAUUGGCGGCUUGAGAUGCAUUUUUGCCUUUAUCGUAGUAGUACUGUAAAAUAUGCCGUAUUUUCUCUUUAUUUUGCUCCAUGUUUGCGACGCUAUAACUCACGAACGAUCUAAAAGAAACGAUAAUCAAUCAAACAUGUGUUAGCGCGUGAAAUGAGUUUUCCAAAAAGGUAUAGCAUGACCCGAUGCGACGAAUAAAACUAGAACUACGCGCUUUCAGCGCCAACUGGCGAAAAUACCGCAAGACUUUUUUGACAACCAAUAUGUAUUUUGAUAUAAGUAUGUAUAUGACAUCUCCCAUAUUGAUGAGUAAUUCUCUACAACCGAAUCGAAAUCGCAAUGUGUUCAUAACGGCAGGAAUAUUAUCACGAAGGAAUAGGAGUGAGUACACUGUCUCUUUAGCCUCAUUCUUCAAACAUCUUUGUAGACGUUGAUUUGGGUAAUUGUAUGAAACAGUUGACUGUGCAAAAGCGGCGGCGAACAUAGUAGUGUAAGCAGAUAUGAAUUAUUCGGUAUAUUGUUAACUAUCGGCUGCGGCUGUAAUGAAGUUGAAGGCAUAGUGCCUAUUGAAGAGGCGGUGACUGUGAAAAUCGGGGGUGUAGUCCUUUCAUAAGGACAAUGAGUAUAUAUAUGCGUGGCGGCUUUACACGUUGACGUAGACUUACAGAUAUGUUGGCCAUGGAAUUUGACCUUGAUCCGUCCUCUACUCGUAUCGUAGACUUCAAAAGUUCACACUGGCGUCCACUUUCCUUCAACUUUAACUAAGUACCUCUCAGCUGGUUACUCAGAGCAUUGAUCUGCUUUGCAUGGCAACGAUGACUUUUUACUAUAACUUUUGUAUUGCAUUAACUUGAUGAUUUAAUAUUCGGCUGUAACUGAUUUACUUAGACUGUCUUGUUUUUGAAGUCGUUUACUAUUUCUAGUUGAGUUUUCCAUUGUUUUAGUACGGCGGCUUGAAGGAGAAUUUUACAACCAAAUAUGAUCGGAUAACCUUAGGUGAUUAAGGCAACGUUAUGAUGUUGGAGAUGAAUAGCGGGAUGGCUUCCCUCUGGCGAUAUAACACCUAUGACGUUGGCGACUAAUUAACGGAGUUCAAACAAUAUGGACACCGAGACGAAUAUCAGGGAUAAAGAACACAGCUAUAAUUCACAAAAAUAUGCUUAACUAAUACAAACAACGAGGUUCCUAACAGGAAAGACGAAGUGGCAAAUAUUCGACAUAUAAAUGCAAAGCGACCACCAAGCAAUAAUAAUAAAUGCCAAAUGAGAACUGAGAGUUAGAAAAAAGCUAUAAGUAGAGGAUGGCAAAGCCGAAUAAAAAGACUGCGACUUAUUAAAGAUUAUGAUAUACGAAAAAUUAAACAACUUAACAGACGCGAAUGAACAAGCAAAUUUAUAGACUGACCACACUUAGCAGAGCUUGGGAUGCUGCUAUGGUGAGGAAAAAAUACAACUGUGAAAAGCUGCAUCUAAAAUAAUAGUAAUUAUUAAUACUAAAAUGAACUACAAAACGAACAUUGAGAACGCCAGCGAAAAAUCAGCGCGAGUUAACACGACCUUCACCGAAUAAUGGCUAGCAUAGGCGGGCCAAAUCAGAGCCGAAGACUAUUAUUGGCAAAAGUAACACAAUCAAUAGUUAUGUAUGCAGCGGCUGUAUGGGCUAAUACGCUAAAGCUAAAAACAUAUGCGAAACGCGAGUUGAAGACUUCGUCACAAGGCACGUAAACAAAAUUUCUACUAAACAUCAUCAAUAAAAACCAAAUAUGCAUUAUCAAUAAAUGCAUACUCAACAUGCAAACAACAAACAUCUGGCAAUGAAAUGAUCUACUGCGAUAACCACCGCCGCAUCUCGACAAUAACACAGUACAACAGCCAAUCUGGGGGGUGAGAAAUUCCAAGUCAGGGUGAUGGAACUAGUACAACAGCUAAUCUGGGGGUUGAGAAAUUCCAAGUCAGGGUGAUGGUACAAGGUCAGUAUAGUAAAACCCUCAAAGGGUUUUACUGCUUGCCAUUUGUUUGUUGAAAUUCGGUGUCUGUUAUCUUGUUAUCACUGGUUUGUUACACUGAGUAACAUUUUUGGGAAUAUUGUCUGGGGGGUGAGAAAUUCCAAGUCAGGGUGAUGGUACUAGGUCAGUAUAGUAAAAGGAUUUGGCGUUCGUAUGUGUCAGUUUUUUUUUAUGACCUUUUAAAUUUUUUCUAAUGUUAUAGUGAACGAAAAUUGGGUACCAAAUAUAGUGUGUAAAAGCUGCUACGACCGUCUAAUGGAUUCGAAAAAUAGAUAAUAGUGGUUUGCGAGUUAUGUUAAACUACGUUUUUGCCAAAAUGUUACAACUAAGGGAAAAAACAUCAAGAUAAGGAAAAAAUUUAAAAGGUCAUAAAAAAAAAACCCUUUGAGGGUUUACUAUACUGACCUAGUACCAUCACCCUGACUUGGAAUUUCUCACCCCCCAGACAAUAAUCUCAAAAAAUGUUCCACAGUGUAACAAACCAGUGAUAACAAGAUAACAGACACCGAAUUUCAACAAACAAAUGGCAAGCAGAUAAUAACUACCGCAUCUCAAUAACAACACACAUGCAACUAGAUAACAGCAGCCGCAUCUCGCUAGUAUAAAUAGCUGUAAGAUCUUAUAUUAGAGGCAGUUUUAAGAAUAUCAAUAAA